AUGGAUCUCGUGUCUGACUAUGAAGCUAGUAACUUGUCCACUGAAUAUUGUGCCACUGAAUUCAACAGAAGAUUGAAAAAGGCAAAUUGCCUUCAUGUGCGACCAUUUGACUCAAUGGCUGCAAGGUUUGAAGUCGUGACUGGGGUGAAUAAUGCAGUAAACAAAGGGGGAAAUUCUCAAGUGGUUCAUCUCAAUGUUGAUGAUAGGUCUAGGAGGUGCACCUGUGAAAAUUUUCAAGGGACAGUUAUACCAUGUUCCCAUGCAAUUGCAUGUUGCCAGUUUCUAGGUAUGGAGGCUAAAGUUUUUAUCAAUCCUCACGCAGCUCUUAGGGAGUGUUAUAAGUCUGGAUUCGAACCACUUGGUGAUAUGCGGUAUUGGCCUAAGUAUCACGGACCUUAUCUGCAUGUUGCUAGUUUCUACGCAAUGAGAUGGAUUGACGCGAUGGAGGGAUUCCUCCCGAGUGCAGCGUUUGUGAUCAAGCUGGACACAAUGCAAAGGCCUAUCCAAAUCAAAGUUCGUCUCAAUCCCAACCAUCAUCGUCCAUGA